UUGCUUUAGGACUGGUAGGCAACUGAGGUUGCUCAUGACUACAUUAAUAUGUUUAGACUGACUAGACCUGCAGAACAGUACAAGUGUGCAGUGCAAGUCCCUACACCACGUUAUACAACUUUCAAAUAUUCGUAUACCAAGAUAGUAAUUAUGCCAUGUUUAUAACAGCCUAAAUUUACAUAUGAUUGACUUAAAUUCUUAUUCAACAUUUACAGGAGUCUGAACAUUUUUGCCUCCUAGAUGGCCAAAAAUACACUGAUAAGUGUACAUACACUCACCACAUUAUUAGAAACUUCAUUAGACCGUGUUUAAUGUGGUCAUUCAUUAGUGAAUUAAUAUGUAACUUAAUAGGUUCCCUUUAAAUCUAAUAAUAAUACCUGAGGCUCCAAUAAAUUAGCAUCCAACGAUUCCAAUGAUGCAACUUUUUUUUGUUACAUUUUGAAUGCUCUGUUAUAUUAUACCCUCAGGUUUUGGGGCGUUACUAUGACAUCAUCAGACUUUACUCCAAAGCUCCUUCCCCCACCUCUUCACCAAAAACAUUAAAAUUUUCCAGUCUAGAUGCGUUCUUCUAUAUUGAGUACUUCAUAUUUAAUAUGCAUUAUUAGCAACUUAAUAAUAAUUAUGAAUGUACAGCUAAUGUGUGAUGUCACUUCCUCUUGCUGAUGCAGAGUAAAUCCUGGGGUGGAGUGUGUAUCCCUGAAAUCAGUCCAAGACAUACGCAAGUGUCUCUGUGAAACAGACAUCCCCAGAAAGCCUCUGCAUCACUGAAACUCCCAAGCAUCCUCCCCUCACGCACUCCCCUUUGUUCCUCUCUGUGUCACAGCGCCACCUGCUGGCAGCCACCUCACACAGUGCGGAGCAAACUAGAAACCCAAUGUCACUGUGACACUUCAGCUCCUUUGCGGUUGUAGAUGAAGAAAGAUUGUAGGCAGCUGGUGGCUCAACAAAUGGAGGAGGACAGGAGGAAAUCCUGCCCAUUGGUAUUAUUUUACAUUAGCUGCUUGCUUCCAGUUUGUGAACACAACUGGAACAAUUUCAGUGCAGCCAGUACAGAAAUUAGUGGGAAAAUGUUCAAUGAACACAUUGGUGCUGUGUUCACGGAAAACAUAUUUGAGACUCGUCAAAUAUGUAAAUGAAUGUUUCCUUCUGCUCUGGGCUCGACUGCAUUCCCUUUAAAACCUUACAGAUGUUUAGUUGUGUGCAAAGAUGGGAUUAAUAUUUGCUUGAAUCAGGCAAUCAUUGCAUUUAAUUUACAUUUAAAUGAAAUAAUUAGGAAAAAGUGAAAAUAACAGAAUAAUGAUGAUUCUUUUUUGCAGAAGAGAUGCAUUAAAAUAUUACAAAGUAGUGAAUGUUGUAAAUUGUGAAGACUGACUUUAGUUUGCUCUAUUUUUUUCAAAGUAAGUAUUGCAUGUUUUACUACACAACAUGUAAUUGAUGUCUUUAGCUGUGAUCUUUCCAGGAUAAACUGUUGCAUUUAGUGAGUUCAGUCCCUGCUGAACUCAUACACUUCUAUUGUUAUUCAGAGACUUUACACCCUCGCGCCUUUUUUAUCUUCUCAUGCAUGGUGUUUAGGCAUGCUAGUAUCAACAAAGGUAGAUUUUAUUCAGUGCUUAAACUCUGAUGUCAUCUGAAACAGACCUACUUCCAGGGAUUCCUCUCUUUAGUAGUUUAGUCUGCUGUUUUUUGUAUAUUGUUGGACUAUCUCAGUGAUUUAAAUACCUUAGAUAUGAAGAGACGCCCAAAGUCAGACGUUUCAGGAUAAAAUAGUUAGGUCAAAAAGCUUUUUAGUCUUUCCAUCAGGCUUGUUCCAAUUUCAGCACCAACACUGCUUCAUAAGCACCAGAGAACAGGAUACAGUCUGUGUCGAUUACAUGUCUGUAAGGUUAAUAAGACUCGCAAGUUUAUAAAAUCUUCAACAAACUAAUUUUGUUUGCAACAUAUACACAUUUGUGCUUAUAAACACUAAUGAUUUAUUUGGGGUAUUUGUGUAUUGCAUGACUUUUCUUAACCUCUUAAAUACACAAUGGCACCUCUGCACUAUUUGAAAAGCCAUUUGCCAAAAAAACCUUAGACUUUGCACGAGUUAUGACAGAAACAGAGUGAGGAGCCAAAUAUGAAGACAGUCGCAGAUGAUUUCCUGUACAUUUUAAUCUGUGUAUGCUCUCUCCUGAAUCAUGUUUUCUGUUCUGCUGGCCUUGUAGUGAGGUCACUGACAUAUGUUUUGCGGAUGUUUGUGUGUGCAUCCCUGCAGAGCUGUGACGGUUCUGAGUACACUCUGCAGGGCCCAGCGGGUGGGGAUGACAUCACAGGGUUGUCGGCCGAGCCAGCCCACUACCAGCUACUGUCAGAGCUGGGACGGGGCUUCAAUAAUCUGAGCCAGGUGAACAUGGCUCGCCACAUCCCUACUGGCCAGCUGGUGGCCGUCAAACAGACCAACCUGGACGAGUGCACCGAGGAGGAGCUGCUGCAGCUCAUGAAUGAGGUACUGCUGUCCCGGCUCUUCCGUCACCCCAACCUGCUGACUUCUCGCCUGGUUUUCAGCUCCUGCUGCCAGCUGUGGGUCCUGACACCGCUCAUGGCUUACGGUUCUGCAGAUACUUUACUGAGGACAUAUUUCCCAGAUGGAAUGAGUGAAUCCCUGAUAGCGUACCUGCUGUACGGUGUGCUCAAAGCAUUGGAAUACCUGCACAGGAUGGGCUACAUUCACCGAGGGGUGAAGGCCAGUCAUAUCUUGCUGUCAGGGGAGGGGCGUGUUUACCUCUCAGGGCUCCACAGUGUUUACUGUAUGAUGCGUGAGGGCAAGAGGAUGAGGACCGUGUUUGACAUGCCCCACCACAGCCCGGCACUGCUGCCCUGGCUCAGCCCUGAACUACUGCGACAGGACCUGCACGGUUAUGGAGUGAAGUCAGACAUCUACAGUUUGGGCAUUGUGGCCUGUGAGCUAGUCAGUGGCAGGGUGCCUUUCCAGGACAUGCCACCCACUCAGAUGCUGCUUCAGAAGCUGCGCGGUUCCCACUGCUGCUUGCUGGACGUGGCUCCCUUCCCGCUUGGAGAGCUGGGGGGUUUGAAGGUGUCGCGCUCUGGGGUGGACUCCGGCAUUGGAGAGAGUGUGGCCACGGGGAGCCUGACGCACAGCACCACCGCUCCUCCCACGGACCGACCUCAAAGCCCUGGACCCAAAAACCACUCUGCCACCCUCCACAACCUGGUCCAGCUGUGUCUGCAGCAGCAGCCUGAGCGCAGGCCAUCAGCAUCUGAGCUGCUGACCCACGCCUUCUUCAAGCAGGUGAAGAGGCACACCAGAGACUCCUUCCUAAGUCUCAUGUACCCAGCAGUGCCCCUCGCCAGUCCUGAGGACCCUCCAGUAUCCAGCCCCCCACCCCUUCCUGUCAUACUCCAGCGUCAGCCACCGCCGACUCCACCGAGGCCGUUUGGGAUUUCUCCUAACUGCAGCCUCUACACUUCCAUUGACUAGCAAGCCAAACACAAGACAAUCAAAGCAAAGCAAUGAGGCCAAAUUCUACUGUGCUUUUAAUUUUUAUUGUUAACCCAACUCUCUGAGCCUUUUUAAAUCGUUUUUGUAGCUUUCUUUUUUUUUUUUUAAUGUUUUUUGAAGGUGACUUUUUGGGUCACAGAGUGGUGAGGCAACUGUGAAGGUGCUGGAACAAAGAAGCUGCUCUGAUUUUAUAGUAACGAUAAUAAUGGACCGUCAGCGAGCGAAAGGAAAGAGAAAAAAACAAGUUGCUAAAAAGCCCCCCUGAAAACAGCUGUGCAUAUGUUUGUGCGCAUUUUGUUGUUUUUAAAGUGUUAUAUCCAUGUUUCCAUUUCUUUUUUCAGGUGGGUGACUCUGGUACAACCAAGAAGUUAUUUCUUAAUAGUAACCACUUUUUGUAAGAGAUCAUGUGUGUGUUGAAUUUUCUUUAAAGUGGACCUGUUAUGCUCUGUUCAUGUUGUGCCUAAAAUUGACCAUUUCCACUCUACUUAAGCCUAUUUUGUUCUGAUUGGCUGCCCUUCGUUAAUUCCUCUGUGCUCACAGCCUGAGAUGACGGUAUUACUUUAACAUGAUACAAAUCCAAGAAUAGAUCCAUUCGCUUCUGCUUAUCCUUUUCAGGACAGCUGGGAUAUCCCAGCUGUCAUAGGGCGAGAGGCGGGGUACACCCUGGACAGGUCGCCAGUCUGUCGCAGGGCCAACACACAGGGACAGACAACCAUUCGCACUCACAUUCACACCUAGUGGCAAUUUGGAUUAUCCAAUUAACCUAUCCCCACAAGCUGCAUGUCUUUGGACGGUGGGAGGAAGCCGGAGUACCCAGAGGGAACCCACGCAAACACGAGGAGAACAUGCAAACUCCACACACAAAGACCCCGGCCUGAUGGUGGAAUUGAACUCAGGACCUUCUUGCUGUGCGGCAACAGUGCUAACCACCGUGCCACUAUGCUGCCCAAAAAAAGCAAAAUAGGUCCACUUUAAGGCACUGUGUUUAUGGACUGUGAAUAGUGAAAGGUACACUACGUUAGAUUUAAACAUAUGUGCAUAUAUAUUCAUCUGUGUUAGAAAUGUUCAAAUUCAGAGCUGAAAGCAGAUUUGGGGGGAGAAUAUGCAUGGUCCUCCAAAACUUGCAUAAGAAUAAUCACAUUUUAAAGUUUUCUUCAGUGACAAAGUAAGUCAGUAUAAGUGACCUUUAUACUCAUGGGUACACUGCAAACAGAAACUGCUAAUAGCUAAUCCGGCAAGCUUUUAACGGUUAUUUUGCCAAAACGUAAAAAUACUGUACAGCCAAAAAAAGGUUAGUCUGCAUACCAGUUAGCUUGCCUGUAGCCAGCUAAUUUGUUUCAUGACAACUCUUUACUGACCGUUUUGUUGACACCAAAUUUUAAGAAAGGUUCUUAAAUUGAGGCCUUGGUUAUUCCCUAAAGUUAUAUAUAUAUUGUUGUCAUAUACUUAUUUUUUUAUAUUCAAAAAUUAGACUCUUUGGUUUUACCACAGGCUACAUUGUUUAAAGAACAGAACAACAAAACAACACAUCCACAAUCAGCUGUGUAAAUACAUUCCUGCUGUAGGCUUGAACAUAUAUGCACAUAGAGUUCCUGUAUAGUAUCCUUAAAACCUGUCAUACAUCGGGGGGGGGGCAAACUAUGCUAUGAACAAUAGAAUACGUGAGCAAUAGAAUAUAUCUAGUGUUCCAUGUAGUAGUUAGAAACCACAAGUAGAAAUAGAAAAACAAAGUUUCCUGUUCCGAUCAUGGAAAGAAGAUUUCUACUGUGCCCUAUGACCACUUCUCCAAUAAUGCCUUUCUGUUUUACUGAACCGUGCAUUUAGAAUACAGUGAUCUCUCUGUAACUGUGAUUAAGUGUACUGUGUAUGAAAACUGUGACUUACAGUACAUAUCAAAUAUGGUAGCUGUAUGAGCCUUAUAUAUACACGUGUUAUAAAAUGAUACCGAAUGUUUUGCCAA